GUGGCAUCCCUCACCUAUGUCAACGAAGAUGGUGCUGGCCAGAAGUACAGCGAUCUCUGCCACUACUCCCAAGCUGUUCUACUCCCCGGAAAUAUUGUGAAAUGCGCCGGACAGGGUGGUUGGACCAACUCGGGGAGUCUCGAUGCCAGCGAUACCCGGAAGCAGAUCGACCUAGCGUUUGAGAACGUCGAUAGAGUGCUUCAGACUGCUGGAAUGAAAGGGUGGGAAGAUGUCUAUCUUGUCCAAACUUACCACGUCGACAUGGACGCCUCUUACGACUAUCUCGUCGAGAAGCUCAAGAAGCGUAUUCCUGGCCACCGACCAGUCUGGACUGCUAUCUCAGUUGCCCGCCUUGCUUUCCCGGAGAUGUUGAUCGAGGUCGAGGUCGAAGCAUUCAAAAUCGAGGCCUGA